CGAUCUAGAACUGGUCAAAUUUACAGAUUUAAUCAAAAUUUUGUUUGGGUAGAAUAUUGAAAUUUUGACCCCAAAAGCCCUUGGUUGAAAGUUGGAUCAUUUUGACCAGCUCUACCCCAUUCUCUUAUGAAGUUGCAGCAGCCACCGUGUCUGCUCUUGUCCCUUCCUGUUGUCUUUUGCUCUUCAUCACUGUUGUUGGAUUUGGUGCCUUCAGUGUAGCAGUCUUGUAAGGAACGCCCUGCGGCAGUUGGCAGUGUCAGUAGUGAUAGUCUCUGGUGAAGCUAAGCUCCUGGGUGAAUGGCUUUGUACAGGUUGGACCUCCUAGCACUGGUUUCUCCUUUCUUUACUCUUCUGCAUUACCUUUUAGGUGUUGAGAAGCCAAAUGAGAUGCCCCCAGUGAUGCCAGCAGCACUCCCUUCCCUGAGUGACCUCCCCUUGAUCGCACCUUGAGAUGCCCUCCCUGAGCCCCCCGGCCAACAGAACAACGCUGGACCAUGAAGUCCCCCAGUGCUGUGAUCUGCAGGGAGAAGCCGGCUCUGAACGUUUACCCUUAUGGCUCUGAACAGGAUGGCUGGGAAGAGACCAGGGAUGAGGACGUGAACUCAGCCCAGAUCAACUGCACCAUAAGCCACCUGGAGCAAGCUGGUUGGUACUGGGGUCCUCUCACAGCAGCAGAGGCCAGACGCGUUCUCUGCCCUUCCCUGGAAGGCUCCUUCCUGAUGCGUGACAGUUCCAGCCCAGACAACCUGCUCACCCUGUCGGUCAAAACCUCUGUCGGGCCCACCCACAUCCGGAUCUGCUACAGCGCUGGCCGCUUCGGCUUCGACUCGUCCGUCCUGGCCAAGCCCAAGCUCCAGAGCUUCAAGGACGCCAUGGCCUUGGUCCAGUUCUACUCCCUGGCCUCGCUGAAGCAAGCCGAACGGCUGGGGCCGUCGGAGCAGGAGACCACGUCCGUGUCCAAGGAUCCGGCCAUUCACCUGAAACUGAUCAAGCCCCUGUAUGUCUCUGUGCCGGCUUUGCAGCACCUGUGCAGGCUAACUAUCAACAGGAGCACUCGGCAGGUCUCGGCCCUGCCCUUGCCUGUGAGGCUCAAGGACUACCUGAUGAAGUACCCAUACGUGCUCUGAGAGCCCCC